GCCCUGGCCCUUACCUUGCCUGGGGAGGAGACAUUUUGCUUGUGGCAGGCAGGCUUGCCUCAUUCCAAGUGUAGCUGGCCUGCACAUCCUGGCCUUGGGCUGUCCUCUGGGACUCUGGAUUUUUGCCGCUCUGUCUGGGAAGGACAGGGAAGCCCACCUCCAGUCCUUGGUCCAUUCCAACCCAAGGCUGUACGUUUCUCUGGGUCUGUGGGCUCCCUCUACCCACUCGAAGUUGAGCACCAGCUACCUGGAGACGAUGACAGAGACAGCCUGGUGGGAGCCUGAGGCAGGGGUUGAUAGUAAAUAGGAAAACAGAAUAAAGAAUGAAGAGUUUGCCACAGAUCUUCUCCAAAUGUACAUAGCAAGCACCCCCCAUUGAAUAUCUGGGAGUGGAGCCUGGGAUCUUAUUUUUAACAAACUCUUCAUGUGAUUCUUAUGCUCACGGAAAGUGAAGAGCCCAUUGGUAUAGGGGCCUUGGUCUCACAUUGUCAGGCUCCACCAGCCUGGUGGACUCUGAUUUAGUGAUGCAUGUUUAGAAAUUGACAUUUAAAAAAAUUAAUUGGCAAGUGUAUUAGGAUCUUUCAAAUCCUCACAAUCAUCUACCGUAAAGAUUUUAUCCCCACUUUAGGGGUGAGGAAACUGGCUCAGAGGAAGGGCUUCCCAAAGGUGGGUAACUUGGGAAGACACAGACCAGACCGCAGGCCUCUGAUACACAGCCUGCUGCCUCCUUCGAGCACUUUGUCCCUGUUUGGGCAGCACAAAGGCAGGGACUAGGGCAAGGGUGUGGGGCUGAAUCUUGAGCUUGAAGCCCAUUGGUUAACCUCCAUCCCCUUGCUGCCCUCCCCCACCACUGCCAGACAGCUGACUUUUGGGAGAGAGCACCAAUUUGGAGGAGUAUGAGGCUCAAAGGAAAAUAACAUCUCUCUCCAAAUGAAAGGAAAACUGGAGGUGGCACGGGGAGAAAAAGCCACAGGAAAGGCCAAGCCUAUCAUCUCUGAGAUGCCUUUUAAAAGCACCUCAGCCCAUGUAACACUGCAGUUAGAUACCACAUGAAUCAGAUACUCAAAGCAGAACCCUACUCUGUGGGAAGCUGGUGAUCCAACAAGGAGACAGAAGAGAAAGGAUACAGGAACAUCUAAAUAAGCCCUGGCGAGCAGGAACUGACAGCUGGCUGACAGAAAACUCAUCCAGGGAGAGAAAAGACAUAAGUGGAGUAUGAAAUUUUGAAUAAUGUUUUCAGAUGCCUUGCAUUCAGAAUAGUCCUCUGAGUUGGGACCCAAGCUGUCAACCUAUCCUAAAAUUCCUUAACUCCUGAGUUGCAGGCAUUGAUUUCUGACUUUUGAAGAUGGAUGAAGGCGCAGAAAUUUCAAGUGAUGGAAAUUCCCUGAUUAAAGCGGUCCAUCAGAGCCGGCUGCGCCUCACAAGACUCUUGCUAGAAGGUGGCGCCUACAUCAAUGAGAGCAACGACCGUGGGGAAACACCUUUAAUGAUCGCUUGUAAGACCAAACAUGUUGAUCACCAGAGUGUCAGUAAAGCCAAAAUGGUUAAAUACCUGUUAGAAAAUAAUGCUGACCCCAACAUACAGGACAAGUCUGGGAAAACUGCCUUGAUGCAUGCUUGCUUAGAAAAGGCUGGCCCUGAAGUUGUUUCCUUGCUCCUAAAGAGUGGGGCGGACCUCAGCUUGCAAGACCAUUCUAGUUACUCGGCCCUCGUGUAUGCUAUAAAUUCAGAAGAUAGAGAGACCCUGAGAGUUCUGCUUAGUGCUUGCAAGGCAAAGGGGAAGGAAGUCAUUAUCAUAACAACAGCAAAAUCGCCCUCUGGCAGGCACACUACCCAACAGUACUUAAAUAUGCCUCCUGCGGAUAUAGAUGGGUGUCAUUCCCCAGCUGCCUGUGCCACUCCUUCAGAAAUAGACAUAAAAACAGCCUCAUCGCCACUUUCACAUUCUUCUGAAACUGAAAUGUCACUCUUUGGCUUUAAAGACCUGGAGCUCUCAGGAGGCAGCGAUGAUACCCGGGACCCAGGCUCCCCUGUUAGGAAGCCUACUCUGGCCCUUAAUGGGCCCAAGCUACCCCAGGCUCCAGCCUGGAUCAAAAGUCCCCCUUCAUUAAUGCACCUGAACAGAGUGGCCUCUUUGCAAGAGGAGCUCCAAGAUAUUACUCCAGAGGAAGAAUUAUCUUACAAAACCAAUGGGCUGGCGCUUUCCAAGCGAUUCUUCACUAGGCACCAAAGUAUUGAUGUCAAAGACACGGCACAUUUGCUAAGAGCCUUUGAUCAGGCCAGCUCAAGAAAGAUGUCCUAUGAUGAAAUAAAUUAUCAAUCAUUGUUUUCAGAAGGAAAUCAGCAAUGCACGGAAAUCCCUGUUGACGAGGACCCAGACGCUAAUCAGGUCAUAUUUGCUUCCACCUUAAGAAGUAUAGUUCAAAAAAGAAACUCAGGGGCCAAUCACUACAGCUCUGAUUCCCAGCUCUCAGCUGGUCUAAUCCCUACAGCUUUAGAAGAUGGCAAAGCACUUACAGGAAAGAAAAAGAUCCUCUCACCAUCUCCUUCUUUGCUGUCAGGGUCCAAAGAAUUGUUGGAGAAUAUCCCCCCAGGCCCCCUAAGCAGGAGAAGUCACGCGAUUUUAGAAAGACGUGGUUCGGGAGCGUUCCCUUUAGAGCACAGUAUUCCCCAAACCAGACCAGGAUUUCUGCCACCCUUGAAUGUGAAUCCUCACCAUCCCAUCUCAGAUGCCAAUGUCAGCAAGAUUCCCAGCCUUCUUUCUUGUGGUCAGAAGGUGCUUAUGCCAACAGUUCCUAUUUUCCCUAAAGAAUUCAAAAGUAAAAAAAUGUUGUUAAGGAGACAAUCACUGCAAACAGAACAAAUCAAGCAGUUAGUCAAUUUUUAAGACAUGGCUAAAAAACACAUUUUGUUCAUAUGUCUGUAUCAGAGAAAUAGAGAACUAGAGAAGAAAUCUCAAAUGUUCAUCCUUUUAAAUCUUGUAAUUGGUUGGUCCAUAACGGUUAGGGGGAGCAACACGUACUGUGUAUCAUACUAGGCGCUGUGGACACACAGAUAGUAUAUAGUUUCUAGUAAGGGAAUUUUCUCAAACAAAAUUAAAGCUAUUUUUCUCAAAACUUCCAAUAUUUAGCAACUAUGUGGUACAAGUGUUUAAUAACAAAAGUCAGCAAAGAAAGAAGGUCAUAUAUGUUGCAGAUAACUUUAAUUUUUUUUUUCAGAUUUGUCAAAUAUUUUAUUAAAAAAUUGCUUUCAAAUCAAUUUUUUAAAUUUCAAUAAUAAAUAAGAUUGUCAUUUUCCGUGAUGCCAAAAGCAUAAAUGAAAACAUUGACAGCUAUAAAAUGUUCUAUGAUCUAUAAGCUUAAACUACAAAGAAAGAAAGGACUAAUUCUUCAAAAAUGUUGACUGCAGGUAGGUGGAAAUCUAAGAAAAAUUUUCACGGUCAACCAUUAUAGUAGACUGGGCAGCUAAUAUUGAUAUUGUCAGCUUAAUGUCCUAUGGCACAUCAGUUUUACAUGCUAGAAAUUAUCUAUGCCAAGUGUCUGUGUGCUGCUUUUUGCUUUAUUUUGUUUAUUAAACAUUUAAACAAAAUAAUGUUAUCUUAUGGGAUUCUUCUUUCUCCAUAUACUUUAAUUCCUGUUAUUAUUUUUUUAAGCCUAUCCAUAGGUUCCCAAUAAGAUAGCAUAAAAGUUAAAAAGCAUUGCUCUUUACUUAUAUCAAAUUAUUCUUGUCUUUCUAAGAACAACCAAAAAAAAAUCUAAACGUUUGGGUUUUAUCACAAAUAGAAACUAAAUGCUUGCUUCACUUUAGAAAAGAAAAAUAUGAUUAGAUUAGCUUAGGUGAGCUGAAAUUAAGAAAGCCAGUAGAAACUAAUUAUAAAAUGUACUAAAUAUUCAGUCAAUGUUAAACAACAAUAUCUUUUUAUUUCGGAUAUAUAAUUAGACGUUUCUAUAAUAAGGCUUUAUAAGGAUAAUUUCCUUAGUGUGACAUUCCAAUCACGUAGUAUUUUAGGACCUGUCAAUAAUUUCUAACAAACAUACCAUGCUAUCAUAAAAUGACUAUAUUAUCUGUAUCAUUUCAAAAUAUGGUGUUUAUACAAAGAAUCCUUUUAUCAAUCUAGCAGUUUACAACAAAGAAUAAAUCAAACUAUAAAACCUGAAUGUAUUUAUUUGAUGAUUGUCAUAUACAACUUUAUUUUUUGCCUUUUAUCAGUACAGGAGAUCAUAACAAUUGGCAUGAUGCUUUUCUUAGUAAUUUGAUAUAAGCAAGUUGUAAUGUAGAUAGUAAUAAAUUUCUUGUGGCUUUUAUUUGAAAAAAAAAUGGAAGUGUUCCAUUUAAUGUUUUGAAGAACAGUAAUAUUAGAAAUAUUUUUUGAUUCAGAACUUAGAAUUAUACGUGAUGUUUAUAGGUAGCUAAACCCUUUUUGAAAGUUUCAUUAUUGAGAAAAGAGCUUGACUUUAAGUUGUAAGGACACAGCUUGGAAGAAUAUGUAAAUAGAUUAGUUCAUGAACAAAAUGGUAUCAAUAAAGAUUUAAAAUGUCACUUUGAUUAUCACUGUUUUUUAUUUAUCUCAAAUACUAAUGAUGUUUCAACAUAAUCUCUAGAAAUUGUGCCACAUGUUACUUUGAGUAAACAGAAAACUAAGAAAGAGUAACUUUUGCUGCUAUUCUCAUCCCAACAUGGAAAAUAAUAUUUAAUAGGAUUAAAACUUUGUUGGCCAUAUUUGGAAGCGUUUUUAGUCAUCUAUCAAUCCUAAGAACACUUAGGGCCUGAAGUUGUGUGAGCUUUUCACCCUUAAGUGGACUGUAUCACUGGCAUCCCAAUGAUAAGUCACAAAUGUUUGCAAAAGGAAUCAGAUAUGUAUGUUCAGACUUUUUAAAUUAGCUCUUGAAUUCACAAAGUAGCAACAGACUCUUUCAGCCAAUAUUUUAAUUAAUUUUGUAGAACUGUUACCCCAGGGAAGGGAUAAAGAAGAAAGGGGCAAUGUCCAGCCUUAAUGAAGAUUCUACAGUGGCAACCAAAGCCAGAACAGCUCAGCUGCCAGAUUUAGCCAGGCUGGUCCCUUUCCAGAGCAGAAGCAUAGAAAUGAAAGACAGAAAUGCAGAAACAAGACAGGAGGAUCCUUAGAGGCCAGGAGGCUGGGUGAGCCUUUUUCAAGCCCUGUUUUCUCUCUGCUCUGAUGGUGGGAAUGUGGGGGUAGUUUCAUUGUUUAAAAUUUUUAAAUAAUUUAAAAUAUGAAGAAAAGUAGCAAUUUCUUGGGAGGGUUCUUUAAGAAACUGGUAGAAUUAAAUAAAGCAGAGCAUCCUUUCUAAAGUUAGAGUGGGGAGGUGAGUUCAGGGCCAGGCAGAUGGGGGUUUCAUUUUUCUUUGCAAGUUGGUAUAAAGUAGCAAUAUCAACUAAUCACUGAGAAAUAUAGCUACACCUGGCCUCUGUCCUAUCCUGACUGGGUCAGUAGCACCACCUGACCCUGGUUACUGAAGCCAAAAAUACAUAUACUAUUGGGUUGUCAGAAAAGUCAUGAUGCAUUUUUGCAAUGAAAAACAUAGAAACAAUACGUCAUGACUUUUCCGACAACCCAAUAGACUCUUCCCUCUCCCUCAUCCUCCCCAUUCAACUAGUUUAAAAACUCUUCCAAGUUCUUUCUUCUUAGAGUUUCCUCUAUUUCUUGAGACUUUCCAUCCCCUGUUGCUACCACCUUCAUUCAGGGCUUCAUCUCCUUUCAAGAAUUCGAACUCUCCUCCUGCCAUUGUAAUCA